AUGUUCCUCCCAGCCGCUCAGCUCCUGCCCCUCCUGCUGGCGAUGAGCACAGGGGGUGCCAUGCCCAGUGCCCAGGCCCCUCCGCAAGGCUGCUACGUGGCCGAGGAAGAAGGUGAGCGCACGUUCCGCUGCAGCCAGGCGGGCCUGAGCGCUGUGCCCGCGGGCAUCCCCAACGACACCCGCAAGCUCUACCUGGACGCCAACCAGCUGGCAUCCGUGCCUGCCGGUGCCUUCCAGCACCUGUCCGUCCUGGAGGAGCUGGACCUGUCCCACAACGUCCUCGCCCACCUCUCGGGGGCCGCCUUCCAGGGCCUGGAGGGCACGCUGCGCCACCUGGACCUCUCGGCCAACCGGCUGGCCUCUGUGCCCGCGGAGGCCUUCGUGGGGCUGCAGAUCCAAGUGGACCUGUCCGCCAAUCCAUGGCAUUGCGACUGUGCCCUCCAGGAAGUGCUCGGGCAGGUGAGGCUGGCACCGGACACCGGGGCGGGCAUCGUGUGUGGCCCCGGAGCCCGACCGGACCUGGUGGGGCAGGAAUUCCUGCUGCUGGCCAGGGAGGAGGAGCUGUGCAGCCCGGGGCCCGGCGGGACCCAGCGGAGCACCGACGUGGCCCUGCUGGUCACCAUGGGCAGCUGGCUGACGCUGGUGGUGGCCUAUCUGGCCCACUACGUGUGGCAGAACAGCGACGGGGGCCGGCGUGCUCUCAAGCGGGCACCCGUGCUGCCCAUGCGCUCGGAGGACUCGUCCACCCUCAGCACGGAGGUCUGACGGCCACGCCCCGGUCCCCACCCCGGUCCCCACCCCUCUCCUCGGCCCCUCUUCUGGCUGCCUUAAAUGCCCAUCUCCGCCCCACACACAU